UAGAUUGCAUAGUUGAACGAAGCAAGACUGCUAGCAGUAUGGCCCCCAAUAAAAAUCUGGCAGCCACCGUCCAUGGUCCGAAUGAUCUGCGUCUAGAGGAGCGUCCCAUCCCCGAGCCUGCUUUCAAUGAGGUCGUCGUUGAGGUGGACAGUUGUGGAAUCUGUGGUACGGACAUUCAUUUUCUCAAGGACGGUGGAUUCGGUGCGCAACGUUUGAUCAAACCAAUCGUCCUUGGCCACGAGUCGGCUGGAGUAGUGCGCAAGGUGGGCAGUUCAGUGACCCACCUGAAAGUGGGCGAUCGGGUAGCGAUCGAACCGGCGGCCGGAUGUCGAGUCUGUGACCUUUGCAAGGUGGGCAAGUACAACAUCUGCCUGGAUGGGAAGCACUGCACGACCCAGAAGCACGACGGGAACUGCUCGAACUAUUACGCGCAAUAUGCGGACUGCUGCUUCAAGAUGCCAGAUCACAUGACAAUGGAAGAGGGUGCCCUGCUGGAACCACUGGCCGUCGCCGUGUACGCUGGCCGUCGGGCGCAGAUUGGCCUUGGCAACAAGGUGGUCAUAUUCGGGGCCGGCCCGAUCGGGUUGGUUUGUCUGAUUGCUGCCAAAGCUAUGGGCGCUACCCGAACGGUGAUCCUCGAUCUUGAGCACGCCAAGCACCGGCUGGAGGUGGCGAAGAAACUAGGCGUCACCGGUGUCAUCGGCAUCCGCAAGGAAGAUACUGAGGAACAGUUGGUGCAGAAGAUUCACAAAGUGCUUGGUGGCCCAGCGGACAGAGUGCUAGAGUGCAGCGGAUCGCAGCCGGGAAUGCGCAUCGCAAUCAAGGCUACACGAAAUGCCGGUCGCAUCUGUCUGGUCGGGCUCGGGAACAAGGACCACGAGCUACCGAUGGUUGACGCGAUAUCGCGGGAAAUCGAAAUUACUACCGCAAUGCGCUACAACCACGAUUAUCCUGCGGCGCUGGAAAUUGUGGCCAGCGGCUACGUCGACGUAAAACCAUUGGUUUCCCAUCAUUUUGACCUGAAAGAUGUCCACGAAGCAUUCCGUGUCGCCUCGCAAGGUGAGGGCAUCAAGAUAAUGAUUCAUCUCGCGCCUCGAGACACGAACAAUAUCGUCAAAUUUUCCAACUAGAAAUGAUAAUGUUGUAUUAUUGUCCCGAAAUAAAAGCAUUUCUAAAUAG